AUGACACCGCUCGCACCCCAGCGCGAGAUCCGGUCUCCUGGCGCGUCGCUCUUUCCCCGGACUGUCACCCUCCAGCGCCCGCCGGGAAGGCCCUGCCCCAUGGCACCAUGUCCCGGGCUCGCUGAUGGUCCCAUGGGCCAUAUACGCUGGCUGCCCAGCCACGAUCCGCUGGGGAUGGCUGUAUCACGCCGCGCGCUCAAAGACCGUCUGCCCACACCACUGACAGACCGUCGCGGGAUUAGUCCGGGCCCGCGCGUUGCACGACCAUGGCCCGUCAAUCACCAGGGCCACAGUGUGAAGGCGGCCGCUGCAUUUGCGCUGCACGCGCCCCGUCAAGCUGCCGCACAGGAAGGGCGGUCAACACGCCUGACGUCAGUCGACAGCUUUCACGCGCACGGCCACGAGGCGAUCGGGCAUGUUCUGCUCGCGAUCGGAAGCCCUGCGCCCUCGCUUCAAGCACGCUGUUGUCUCGCCGCGGCCCACAGCAACGCUCUCCGCAGCUCGUAUCUCGCAUCCUCGCUGGCUGCCCUGGCUAUCGUUCGCGUCCAAACGAGCGACUUCCUCACACUAGACGACCUCGAAAACACACCGGGCCCUGCCGCUCCGCACUCCCUGUGGCGGGCACGGAUCCUCGCGGCCGGCGCGGCGGCUGCGUCGGAUGCGACGUUCUGGCCGACCAUCUACGCGGCCGCGGGCCAAACAUCUCGUUUCGUUCAAUCUACUCAGCCGCGACGACGGUCCCCAGCGCUCCCUGACCUCAUUAACACCAUCAGCCCUGUUAGCUUGCCAUCACCGCACACACGCAGCACUCACCCCGCGUACUCGGGGAAUGGUCUGCAGCACGCCUACAGUGGCGUACACGCCGUGCAGCACUACUCGGCCGGACAGCGGGCGAACAAGACAGCAGACAGCGCACAUCGCGAACAGUGGCACAGUGAAAGACGCGUCGCAAAUGACACAGGACUCUCUGACGACGCCCGCCUUUAA